CUAUUACUCAAAAAAUGUCUGUAUCAACACUUAGUGAAGCUCAAAGAAAAGACCUUCUUACUCCUCUGCUCUCUUCUGGCUGGAGUAUGGCUGAGAACAGAGACGCCAUUAUCAAGAAAUACGCGUUCCAGGAUUUUAAUGAAGCUUUUGGAUUCAUGACUCGAGUGGCAUUAAAGGCAGAUAAAAUGGAUCACCAUCCCGAAUGGUUUAAUGUCUAUAAUCGUGUGGAAGUGACAUUGUCUACUCAUGACUGUCAAGGUUUAUCUACCAGAGACAUUGAGCUUGCUGGCUUUUGUGAUAAAAGUGCCAAACAAUAACAAUAAAAAAAUAUACGGAGCUUUAAAAAUGCA